AUGGUAGUGGGUGGUGGCAACAAAGAUGGAGAUCGGCGCCCUCCGCCCAUGCUAAAGGCGGAACGCCAAGCUGCUUUUCGCCGGAAGGUCCGCAAUGGGGUGCUGCUACACGGGCGUGAACGCAAAGAUGCCGAGCGGCGCCGCAUGGAAGAAUACCGACGUCUCUGUGAAGCCGAAGGAGUGCACUCGAAGCGACUGGAGGAGUACGACAUGGUGCGGAAGCAGGCGGCUGGUUUAUUGAAUGAAAAGCUGCAGAGCGUUGAUUACGACCAGAGCCUCACAAACACUGAGAAGAAGAAGCGCAAGUUCAACCUCAAACGAAAGUACGCUGCGGCAACAGUGACUGAGCUUCUAGAAAAGAACGAGAAACGCCAUAAUGCGAUGACAAAGGUUGAGCAGUUUCAGAAGAAGCGCCAAGAGCAGAUUGAGGCGGCGAAGUUGGCGAAGAAGGAGCGUGAGGAGAUGAAAGUCAAAUGCAUUCGCCAGAGACAGGAGACCAACGCUCUGUAUGCCAAAAGGACCCGUAAAGGGCAGCCCGUCAUGAGUGGCCGGGUCGAGUCGCUGCUUAACAAGCUUCAGCAGCAGCAGGAGCAGAAGAAGAAAGCCGAGCGUGAAUUUUGA